CAAUUUCAAAGAGGAACCUGACAGGUGACAUUAUAAGUUUACCCACAGACACAUCGAAAAGUUUUCUUAUCUACAACGCCACUCGGUUGCACUAGCAGCAGCUAAUCUGGCGGUAUGAAUGUGCAUCGGGCGCCACGCUGUCUGGCAGCGUUGUUUACAAUCGUCCUUACUCUCGUCGCUACCACCCGUUGUGCACAAACAACAACAACAACCCAUGCAGUCGAGCCCCCCGUGAGAACAUCAGCUGAAGCGAUAACAACGUCGACGCCGCCACCGGCAGAAAGUGCUGACGAUUAUCAAGAGUACGACGACUCGGUUACGCUACCGUCGGCACUAGACCUUUCGGAGACUGUGGCAAACGAGGGCAACAUAAUAAUGUCAUUGCCCAGCGGUGGCGCUGCGCGGGAACUUCCGGUGAACGGCGGUGGCGCCGCCGCUGCCAUCUCGCUGGAAGACCUGACCGUUAGUAACGAAAUACUGAAGAACGAGAAUUCGGUUAUCAAGCACAAAGUGGACCGACUGAGCGGUGCGUUCAAGAAGAAUGUGGAAAAAAUUAAAACCAAACACAAGCGGGUGGAUAUUGUGUUUCUCAUUGACGCCAGUUCCAGCGUGGGGAGAGCGAACUUUCUUAGUGAAAUUAAGUUCGCUAAAAAGCUGCUGUCCGAUUUUAACGUUAGCUACAAUUACACACGUGUUGCGGUGGUUACGUUCAGCUCGCAGAAGAAAAUUUUUCGACAUGUUGAUCAAAUUUCGCAAUCUAUAGAAGACAAUGAUAAAUGUAUGCUUCUUAACUAUCAAAUACCUAAGAUUGAAUUUAGUGGAGGCGGUACAUUCACUUACGGGGCACUGAAGGAGGCGGAAGGUAUUUUUAAAGAAGCGCGAAAGGAUAGUAAGAAAAUAAUCUUCCUUAUUACCGACGGGUUUUCCAACGGGCGGAAUCCAAUUCCGCUAGCGGAAACUCUUAAACGUAACAAUGUGACCAUUUAUUCGAUCGGUAUCCAGAGUGGGAAUCUUGCUGAAUUGUACAACAUAUCCAGUUCGCCUGGAGAGAACUACAGUUAUCUGCUGGAUAGUUUUAGCCAUUUUGAAACUUUGGCACGCAAGGCCCUGCAUAGUGACUACAAGAGUGGAGAGAAUAUAGCCGUCAAUUCCAGUUUGUGUGACGUGCUCUGUUCGGAUGAUUCCAAAUAUUUGAAUAACGAAUAUGUCGGUUGCUGCGAUAAGGAAGCUACUUGCAGCUGCAGUACAAGUUCCGGCCAUUAUUCGUGCGUUUGUCGUCCUGGUUACUUCGGGCUUGGACUGCACGGUUCGUGUAAACCUUGCCCCAACGGUACGUACUGGGAUGAGCAAAGUCAGUGUAAGAAUUGCCCGGAUGUGAACCACGUUACACUGGCGUAUCCAGCAACCAAUACAAGUGACUGCAUCUGUAAGAAUGGCUACAAAGCGGAUGAAGCUGGACGCUGCGAAGUUAUUACAUGCCCGGAACUUACUCCACCGGAAAAUGGUUAUUUCGUGAAGCAACCAUAUGCUUGUGGUCAGGUUUUGAAUGCUGCCUGUGGGACCAGGUGCCAGUCGGGUUACCAACUGGUAGGCGACAGUAUACGUCUCUGCCAGGAGAACGGUUCAUGGUCCGGAAAUGACCCUAAAUGCGUUUUGAAAACAUGUCCGUCCCUUAAAAUUCCAUACUACGGUUUAGUUGUGUGCAAAAAUACAGACCUGAAUUUAUUUUUCGAUUAUACGCCCAGAAAUAAGUCGUUUAUUGCAAACUACAGCAUAUCGAUCGAUCGUUCUACCGAACGCAUGCCCAUUGACACGGACUGUACAAUCAAAUGUGGUCAUGGAUUCUAUCUUGUAGGAUCGAAUAGCCGUAAUUGCUUGCCUCUGGGCAAGUGGGAUGGUUUGGAGUCUGCAUGCAAACAAAUUCUCUGUCCACCUUUACCCAAAAUACCAUUCGGAGAGUAUGAUCCCACGGAUUGCGCGGAGCAAAAAUCUGCUCACGGUUCGAAUUGUACCCUAAUUUGCAAUUUCGGCUUUGAACUGAAGGGCGGUCCAUCUACGAAAUCUUGCGGAGGUAAACGGAACGGUGUCUGGACGCAUAAGAUAAAGACGCCUCGCUGCGUGGACGUUACUCCACCGCAUCUUAUGUGUCCGAAUAACUAUACCCUUCUAAUGCACGACGAUUUUAACUACGCCAUUGUGAAGCGACUAAACCGGCCCUAUGUGUUCGAUAAUGGAGGCGAUAAUUUUACAUUCUGGUCGAAACCAGCGAUCAAGGAACAGGGCACCAAGCUGUACAAUGGAACACAUCUGUUCACUUACGUUGCGGUUGAUUCGUUCAAAAAUAAAGCAAAGUGUAAUUUUACAGUCACCAUUAUCGACCGAACGGUACCUGUUUUCGAAAACUGUCACGAUCCGCCAGUUUUCUACAUCACAUCGCAGAAAAAUAAAAACGAAACCUUCGUGGAAUGGGACGAACCAACGGUGUAUGAUAAUUCCAAUGAUAAACUAACACUCACCGCCAGUAUGGCUUUCGGGUACUACGACGUUGGAAGCUAUCAAGCACUUUACCAAGCCAAGGACAGCUCCGGGAAUGUGGCAGAAUGUUCUAUGAACAUAACGGUCAAGGAAUACAAAUGUGAUAAUUUAGCCUCGCCACCAAAUGGACAAACUAUCUGUGCAAAAAAUGCUUCCCAUACAUGGUGCGAAGUGACGUGCCAUUUCGAGUAUACCUUCCUCGAUCAUGAAAACAACACGCUGAUCCUUUUCUGUGACAACCGCAGCCCGAAGUGGGCCAACGAAACCGUACCGGACUGUACGGCGCUGGAGAAACCUUCGGCGGUUGAGGAAAUCAUCACCAUCGGGCUGGGAGCGGAUUCCGAAUCGCUUUGCGGCGACGAAGCCGCGAAAACCGAAAUUGAAAGUAUGCUGCUGAACGGCAUGAAGGAUCACCUAUGCGGAACGCAAACGGAUUGUUCGAUCACCACCGCCAUACCAGCUUGCGAAAACAGCGAAACCGAACCGGACGAAAAAUCCAAAUAUCACAUCGUUAAACGGGAUGUUUCUGUCGGGUCGAAAGGCAAACCAAAACGGCCACCGGGAAAGCGGGAUGAUAAGGCAACGAUUAAAAUAAACGUUUACACGAAGUUGUCGAAGCGGCUCGGUUUGUGGAAAUAUGACGGGAAAAAGUCGGAUAAUAUUAAGAAAAUUAAAUCCGAAUUACAAAACAUCAACAACAACGAAAGACUCCGGAAAAGGUUAGGCGAAUUAAAUAUGGAUUUAAGCGUACUGAAGCUAGACGAAUCGAUCCGUUGUCCAAACGGUAGUGUUGCUAAGAAGCUUGUUUGCGCCCAAUGCCCCAGAGGAACUUAUCACAAUCACACCACUAACGUGUGCACUUCCUGUCCGAUAGGCAGUUACAACGAACUCACCGGACAAACCGAUUGCGUUUAUUGUCCACCAAAUCAUUCCACCCGCAAAAUGAACAGCAAAAAUUCCUCGGAAUGUAAACCACAGUGUCCACCCGGAACGGUAGCAAAACUUAAAGUAAUGAAAAAGGAUAAAAAUCAAAAGUAUCACAAAAGCCUUAUGCCGUUUUGCCGCAAAUGUGAACCAGGUGAAUACCAGGCCCUUUACAACCGGAUCCACUGUGACCGAUGCCCACCCGAUCAUAUCUCUCCGCGUGGAUCAACCGCCAUAACGGACUGCGUACCGAAACGUAGUCGACCUUGCGAAGCGGAGCCACCGGUUUGUGGUCCACACGGUCAGUGCAUCCCCGAACCAAUCAAUGACUAUCUGUACAGUUGCACCUGCAACGAGGGUUUCGUGGGAUCGCACUGUGAGAAGCAGCUUGACAUUUGUGCGUCGGCGCCCUGCUAUAAUGCUGGAACUUGCAUACCGUUGAACGCUACCGCAUUUCGUUGCCUCUGUUUCUCGUCGUUCGAUGGACCACUUUGCGAGAGAUUCGUCGAUCCUUGUUGGUCGGGAUUUUGUCAGAAUGGAGGAAGCUGCAUUGAAAGCGAAGGACGUUCGCUGUGCGAGUGCCCCACUCCGUUCGAAGGAGAUCGUUGUGAAACGGUGAAAAACUACUGUUCGCCCAAUCCGUGCGAGCAUGGGGGUGUUUGUAGCAGUGACGCUGAGGGGUAUAGCUGCUCCUGUUCGGCAGGGCGAAUGGGUAAACGAUGCCAUUUGAAACCCUGUGAUUAUCUGCCGUGUCCAACGAAUUCCAUAUGUGUGGAUGUCAGUCGGAUCGAUGCUAACAAGUAUAGUUAUCAAUGCGCUUGUCCGAAAGGUUUAAGAGGAUUUAACUGUACUGAGGUGGAUAAUCCUUGUCAUCAGAAUCCUUGUAGAAAUAAUGGAAUUUGCAGACCGGUUAAGCUUCGCGACCCCAGCGUCGCAAUUGGGCAACACACGGACGUGGAUGGUGAUGAAUUGUAUACGAAAGUUUCGUGUGAGUGUCCGCCAUAUUUCUACGGCUCUUCCUGUGAGGUUUUCACAACUCCAGAUUUUGUUAUAUCGUUUGAGAACUCGGGAAUCACCAACUACGUUAAGAUGGAUGGUCCAAGACAAAAUUUAUCGGAAAUCUCGCUUUGUACGUGGAUUCAAACGAAUGAUGAUUUUAACUAUGGCUCGGUCAUCUCUUACGCCACAUCUCGGAUGGACAACGAGUUCACCUUUACCGAUUAUAGUGGAUUUGUGCUCUACAUUGCUGGGCAAUACGUUGUGACUAAUGUCUACAUCAACGACGGUAUGUGGCAUUUCAUAUGUCUAACGUGGACCAAUCAAAGAGGAAUAUAUGAAAUUUUUCUUGAUGGCGAACUGCAGACGACCGGAUAUGACCUCAGCAGUGGCAAAACAAUUGAAGCCAAUGGAUUGUUUGUCGUUGGACAAGAGCAAGAUUCACUGGGUGGUGAUUUCAGUGAAUCGGAGGCAUUUGUAGGGAAACUAGCUUAUCUGGACGUGUGGAGUCGAGCUCUCAGCGGAUACGAAGUAAAGGAACUGUACUACAGCUGUGAACCGUACCAGGGCGAUCUCAUAAAGUGGACGGAUUUGAAAUUUAGACUGAUGGGUAACAUUCGGUUGCAGAGAUCCGAGUUCUGUCGGGCUUGCGAGAGGAAUCUGACGCUGCAGAAUGGCUAUAUCGAGUACUACGAAAACCGUGCCUACCUUCGAUGCGACGAGGGUUACAAAUUGCACGGAGCGCUCGAGGUGGUCUGUCUGCGUACGUCCCGGUGGAGCAAGGCUAGCAGCUUCUGCAAACUGAUACGUUGUGGCUCAUUGGGGUCUAUUCUCAACGGGCGCGUGAUUAUGUCAAAAACCAGUUACAACGGUAUAGCUCGAUUUGUUUGCGACGAUGGCUUCUACAUUUCGGGAGUCGAUUCCGCGCGGUGCACACUGAAUGGUACCUGGUCGGCUCCACUACCGGACUGCAUUAGUACGGUAAAGUGUCCCGCACUGAAUGGCACGGAAAAACUAAAAAUAAUAUACGCCUCGGAACGGGGAGUUCUCGGCCAGAAUUUUACAAGCUACGCCGUCGGUACGUUGGCGGAAGUAGAAUGCACGGAUGGAUCUGCCUAUCUAGAAGGAGAAAAUCUACUUUCAUGUUUAGAUACCGGUAGUUGGGACUUAGCACUUCCUCGUUGCGUGACACUGGAAGCCAGAGAGAUUACCACCGAGAUCUACUCGAAGCCGCCAAAUGAAAGAUCCAAAGCACCAAAUAUAAUAAAGGUCAAUCGACGUACAGACAUCCGCUUUUGGAAACAACUGAAAGAUUAUUUAUUCUACGGCUGUCAACCGGUGGAUCCGAACAGGCUGUCCCAUUUCUGUCAGGAUGCGGAACCCCUCCCGGAACUGGAUGAUCUGACUACAUUUGAUUUAGCGGGUUCUUCGAACGAGCAUCGAAACAUGGACAGUAAACUACUGGAAAAGUUGGAAAAAACUACCAAACCCGAGAAAACCUUGACAGUGUACAACUUGUUGGACUACAUUCUAUACGGCAUAACAGAUCCAGCCGAAAAACCACAACGUAUGACGAGAGAAGCGGAAAGUGCUUAUCGAUUUAUAAUAUGUUUAUUUAUCGACAUUAUUAUGAUGGACCGAGAGGUACCCUUGGACCAGGAGAUUGUCGUGGAUAUAAGCAGCCGAGAAAAUACGAAUGAAAAAAUAAAAAGUCUCUUGAAAAACGUUGUUCAACCAAUCUACGAAGCGUUCGUGCGUGAGAAGGAAGAAGGACGACAGCGUGAGGUUGAAAAUCAGCGAAAUGCGCUGAAGAAGAUUCUUUCUCUAGCGGAAGUGCAGCAGACUGCAAUCCGCCAAUGUAAGCUGAACUCCAUUCCCGACCCCCCAAUCGAUAGUAAAAUCAUUGCGAUCGAAAGUAGUACAGUGGACCUACGUGUCUUGGACAUAAGAGUUGAAACUCUCCGAAAACGCACCGAAAUAUUGGUCACGGGAGAUCGGGUACGAUAUGGUUGUAAUAUUGGUUUCACCAUGAAAGGUUCGGGUUAUGUCGAGUGCACACCGGAGGGUCAGUGGAGCUAUUUCGAAAGCUUCUGUGAAGGAGUUCUUUGCCAACAGCCACCGGUGCCCACGGGGAUGGAAAUCGCAGCCAGCUCAAUGGAUUCACAGUAUUACUAUGAUGACGAAAUCGAGUAUCAUUGUCAGAAUGGUUACACAAUGCAAGGACAUCCGAUUAUCAAAUGUUCCGUCGAUGGGCAGUGGUCCCCGAUAAUGGCACGGUGCACAAAAAUAUCGUGCGGUAAACCAAAACUGUCAAGCUCAGCCAAAAUUAUCGCUGGAAUUUCAUAUCAGUUUGGUGAGACCCUGAAAAUACUCUGUGAAGGCAAACGAUUGAUUGAAAUCUCAUGCUUGUCCACCGGAAAAUGGAGCUCUUUUAUGGAUUGUUGAGCAAAGCAGAAGAGGAGGAAUAUGUUCGUUAAUAGAUAUACUCUAGUGGUUUAAUA